GAUGAGGAGCAGCUCUCCCCGUCCUCCUCCUCCUUCUCCGGGCAUGGCUUCCUCCUCCUGUCCCCAGUGCUCGGGCUGCGGGAUGGGCAGGCACCUGCUGGAGGGGGGCGGGGCUGCGCUCACCUGUCCCAGGUACAGUCCGGAGACCCCCGCCCCUCUCCCGCCGGACCCGCCGCUCGUCUUCCCGGGGAACAUGGGGGGGAAGCGGCUGCAGCGCCUGAUGCACAAUGUGCGCCGCCUGCCACAUAGAUACCAUCUGCUGGGGGGCAGCGAGCUGAAGGCGGAGGCGGAUGAUCAGUGUGAGCUGAAAUCUGUGGGACAAGAAGAUGACAUCAUCCCGUUACCUGCCAAGGAAGCGAGCCGGCUGGAUGAGAGCGAGCUCAUUAAGUUCUUACAUGUGGAUGUGAACAGCGGCCUGUCCGAGGGCUCCGUGCUCCAGCGCCGGGGGAAACAUGGCUGGAACGAGUUUCAGGUGGAUAAUUCCGAUCCCAUCUGGAAGAAAUACCUGGGACAGUUCACUAAUCCGCUCAUCCUGCUGCUGCUGGGCUCCGCGCUGGUCAGCGUCGUGACCAAGGAGUACGAGGACGCCGUCAGCAUCACAGUGGCGAUAUUAAUCGUGGUGACCGUGGCUUUCGUGCAGGAAUAUCGCUCAGAAAAAUCUCUUGAGGAGUUAAACAAACUGGUGCCCCCCGAAUGUAACUGUGUCCGUAAUGGGAAGCUGCAGCAUCUACUCGCUCGAGAACUGGUCCCUGGAGAUGUGGUGUGUCUGACAGUCGGUGACCGGGUCCCUGCAGACAUCAGACUAAUUGAGACGACGGAUCUGUUAGUGGAUGAAUCCAGUUUUACUGGGGAGACAGAACCAUGCAGCAAAAUCCACGGAUCAGUGGACGAAGCAAGCGGCCUGACAACACUGAGCAACAUUGUCUUCAUGGGCACGCUGGUCCGAUACGGAAAAGGAAAGGGAAUCGUCAUUUGUGUGGGAGAGAAGUCGCAGUUCGGAGAAGUCUUCAAGAUGAUGCAGGCAGAGGAGACUCCUAAAACACCUCUGCAGAAAAGUAUGGACAAGCUGGGGAAGCAACUGUCCCUCUUCUCAUUUGGAAUAAUAGGGCUCAUCAUGCUGAUUGGCUGGCUGCAGGGGAAGCCUCUGCUCAGCAUGUUCACCAUUGGAGUCAGUCUAGCCGUGGCCGCUAUUCCAGAAGGUCUCCCCAUUGUGGUGACAGUGACGCUGGCCCUUGGGGUAAUGAGAAUGGCCAAGAAGCGGGUGAUCGUCAAGAAGCUGCCCAUAGUGGAGACGCUGGGUUGCUGCAAUGUCAUUUGCUCCGACAAGACUGGCACUCUGACCGCCAACGAGAUGACAGCCACCAGAUUAGUCACGUCGGACGGGCUGCACGCGGAGAUCACCGGUGUUGGCUACGAUGGAAAAGGAUCCGUCAACCUCCUGCCGUCCAAUGAUGAGCUCCGAGAAUUCUCCAACAUCUCUGUAGGAAAACUGGUGGAGGCCGGCUGUGUGGCCAACAACGCUAUCAUCCGCGCAGACAGUCUCAUGGGCCAACCAACAGAGGGCGCCCUACUAGUCCUGGCAAUGAAGAUGGGUCUGGGGAACGCCAGGGAGAAUUACAUCCGCAAGAAGGAAAUUCCAUUCAGCUCGGAGCAGCGGUGGAUGGCCGUGAAAUGUGUGGACAAGCUAGAGAACCAGGAAGAAGUGUAUUUUGUGAAAGGGGCGUACGAGGAUGUGAUCCAGUACUGCACGAGCUAUAACAGCGGGGGGAUGUCCAUGCCACUGACCCCCCAGCAGAAAUCCCUGUACGUGCAGGAGGAGAAGAACAUGGGCAGCCAAGGCCUGCGAGUCUUGGCCUUGGCCUCUGGUGCUGAGCUUGGAAAACUCACAUUCCUUGGACUGAUUGGAAUAAUAGACCCGCCACGUAGUGGGGUGAGAGAGGCUGUGCAGAUCCUGCUGGACUCCGGGGUGGCUGUGAAGAUGAUCACGGGGGACGCGCUGGAGACCGCCCAGGCCAUCGGCAGGAGUAUCGGUCUGACUAACGGACACAUGAAGGCCAUCUCUGGAGAGGAGCUGGACCGUCUGGAUGAAUCGGCGUUGCCGUCCGUGGUCACCAAGGUGUCCGUGUUCUACCGAACCAGCCCCAAGCACAAGCUGAAGAUCAUCAAGGCUCUGCAGCGCACGGGCGCCAUAGUGGGCAUGACGGGGGAUGGUGUAAAUGAUGCAGUCGCUCUCAAGUCAGCCGACAUUGGCGUGGCGAUGGGAAAAACCGGAACAGACGUCAGUAAGGAGGCAGCGGACAUGAUCCUGGUGGAUGACGACUUCUCCGCCAUCAUGAACGCCAUCGAGGAAGGGAAAGGAAUAUUCUACAACAUCAAGAACUUUGUCCGGUUCCAGCUCAGCACGAGUAUUUCUGCGCUGAGUCUCAUCACACUGUCCACCAUCAUGAAUCUUCCAAACCCCCUGAACGCCAUGCAGAUUCUGUGGAUCAACAUCAUCAUGGACGGACCCCCAGCUCAGAGUUUGGGGGUGGAGCCUGUGGAUAAAGAUGCCAUCAAGCAGCCCCCCAGGAAUGCCAAGGAAGCGAUCCUUAGCAAAGCCUUACUCCUGAAGAUCCUGCUCUCGGCCGCCAUCAUCAUCAGCGGGACGCUCUUUGUCUUCUGGAAAGAGAUUCCGGAUGGGAAAGUGACUCCCAGAACCACGACGAUGACCUUCACGUGUUUCGUGUUUUUUGACAUGUUCAACGCCUUGUCCUGCCGGUCGCUGAAUAAAACAAUCUUUGAGAUCGGCAUCUUCAGAAACCGGAUGUUCUGGCUGUCCGUGGUCGGCUCCAUCCUGGGUCAAAUGGCCGUUAUCUACAUCCCCCCCCUGCAGAAAGUGUUCCUGACACAAAACCUACAUGCACUGGACCUGCUCUUCCUCACCGGUCUGGCGUCCUCCGUCUUCGUGGUGUCGGAGCUGAUUAAACUCUGCGAGCAGUGUUGCUGCCGGAAGAAGAUGGUGAAAGUCCUAGAAGAAGAAAUCUAAAGACGACCGUGUAGCUCUUGUCGCCCUGCCCCCGCAAUGUGCACUGCGCCGUCCGCUUUAUUAUUUAUGUGAAGUCGACACUGCUGUGUUUUAUUGGAGAAAACAUUUAACAGGCAUGAAAACCGGAAAGACUAAACCGCGACGACAGCGAUUCCUGGCUCGAAGGAGAAAUCAUCGUGGUUUUUUUUUGUAUUUUCCGAUUCAUUUACAAUUAAAGACUAAUCAUUUAUUUUUUAAAUAAUACAAACGAGUCUGGGAGUCAAUCGAACCUGCCCUGCAGAGCAUCACACCAAAGGAGUCCACACUAAGGCCUGGGGGCGGUAUGACUAUUCACAUGCCCCAGAAGUUCUGUAAACCAAACAUUUCUGCCGCAUGUGGACGCCCAAGUGCGAGGGCUCGCACACGCAGCUGCCACACAGUGAAUGAGCCCCUUAAAUUCUGUGCUGUACGUACGGCGGUGUAAAGCAGCAUGGCUUCCACUGACACGUCAGCCUCCGUUCACAACGCUCUGCAUGAGCCCUGGGCUACACAGAUAAGCUGCGACUACAGAUUUAACACUGGAGGGACAGCUGCAGUCCACAAGGACCACGGACUGAGACGCUAAUGAUGGCUGCAGUCCACAAGGACCACGGACUGAGCC